UUCUUGUAGCGGUUUUUAAUUUUUAACAAAAUGUAGAAUAUCAAUUCGCUCCACUAGUUUUCUUUAGGACACUUAGUUACCAGUGUUUAAUGGUUUAUACUGUGAAGAGUUCAGUUAUAUUUGGUUAUCUUUUUGAAUGCUCUAUGGAUGCAUGUAAAACUUUUGUUCUUCCCGUGUGUUGGUGUGACUUACUGGUUAUUAGUAUUAACUUCUAUUGUUUCUUGCCAUAGAAAAGGAAUUGUGUUAUUUUGAGUAUGGUUGUUGACUUCUUUAAAAAGUAUACAGUAUAAUUCAAGAUUUUCACCCGACAUCUAUUUGAAAAAGUAACCAAGAAAAUUUUUUGGGAAAGAUAAUUACAUCUCAGCUCAAGGGAGGUAAUUAGUAACAAAAAUGGCGGAUUGGUUGUACAUGCCGCAGAUCGAUAUGGGCUGGGAGUCGGAGGCGAAAGUUCAGUCUCUCGAUAAUGUUAACUACAUGCCUGGUGGAGGACAAGUAGUUAUCGAAACUCAGCCGGUUCGAUGGAAAGGUGAACCAAAGGUAAACUCUAUAGAUCCUGAGCACAUGAGGAAAGUACCGAGAUAUACACCGGCACUUACAGAUAUGACCAAAAAGAUUAAACUACCUCCUACAGUUCCAACUGAUAAGUUAAAAAAUGUAGAAUUUACUGAAAAAGGGGCAUACAUGGUGGUUAAUCCAGAAAAAAUCCGAGCCGAGGCAAAAGUAAAAUCUUUGGAAAACAGGGACUAUCAGCCACAAGAACCAAAAGUGAAGAUAGUGAAUCAAAAAACAGAGUGGGAGAAAAAAUCAAAAGUUGACACUCUGGACAACAUUAACUACACGCCGAGACAACGUGACAUCAGGAUUCACUCGGAGAAACUGAAAUGGAAAGCGCAGCCUGCUGUGAAUUCAUUGGAGAACGUUAAAUUCAAACCACAGGGAGGAGGGGUUCAUGUGUUUACCCAGAAACUCAAAUGGCAUGAUAAGCCAAAAAUUAAUACACGAGAAAAUAUACAUUAUUCUCCACCGUCUAGCACACGCAAGAUAAUUAAUAGUCCACUGAAAAUAAAAGCUCAACCCAGAGUUGAUGAUGAUAAUCACGAGUACGAACCUAAAGGUGGACACGUUGAAAUUAUAAAUGAGCCAGUACACUGGAGAGCUAAUCCUAGAGUAGAUGCUGAUAACUUGAGGUACCAGCCGGGUGGUGGGCAAGUUCAUAUACCAAAGCAUAAUGUUAAAUGGGACGCUAAAUCUAGGGUAAAUAGUUUAGAAAACAAAAUGUAUACACCAUCAGGAGGGGAUGUGCAUAUCGUGAACGAAAUUCCGCAGUGGCGUGCAUUACCCAAAGUACAGUCAUUAACAAAUGUGGAUUACAGACCACAAGGGGGAGAUGUUCGAAUUCAAAGCAACCACCUCCACUGGCCAAAGAUUCCAAAAGUGAAUUCGCUGCAAAAUGUUGGCUGGCGUCCACCACCAAGCCAUGUGACUAUUGCUAAGAACAAUGUAAAUUUUAAAGACGGAGUGUUACCAAAAAUAGAUUCUUUAACAAAUGCGCACCACAAACCUGCAAAUAUUGGAAAGAAGCGGAAGAUUCAAUUUGGAAAAUAUGACACCAGAUAUCCCGAACAGAAAGGAUAUCUAAGUAUGGCGGAUGAAUUGCGAUACAGUGCUAGCUCAACAAGCUCUUUUAGAUCACCGCAGUCUGUGCCAUGAGAGAUGUAAGUCAGCCCAUUCUUCUUACAACAACAACAACAACAGCAAAUUUUGCAACUAAGAAUUGACAAAACUUUUGAAAUUGAAAGAAUUGAAGUUCUCAGUCUUUCCUCACAAUGCUUCGGCGUUUUGUAACUUCUGGUCUGUGUUUCCUGUAACUGUCUUGUUUUUUUUUUCCUGAUUGUUGUUCACAAGAUCUUUGUUCUUGGGUUUGCAAAUACUUUUGUUUGGAAAUGUGAAGCAUUUUUUUCAGAUUUUGCAAACACUUCAGCAUAAUUUUAUUCUUUAUCUGCUGUGACAGGUGUUUUUUGUGAAUUUGUUUGUUCUUUCUGCUUUGUUUGAUUGCUAUUUUACUGGUAAAGUGAAUUAUUAGUUUUAUUUUAGUCUAACACUGCUGUGUUUUAAGGAAUUUGUGUGUUCCUUCUCUCUUACUUGAUUGUUAUUUUACAGUUAAAGUUACUUAUUUUUGGCUUUUUACCUUGUUACAUUUGACAAAUGACUUGAGUAUCUUUAAGUCAUUUAUUACCAUCUCUGGUUCAACAGGAAAGGGAUUGGACAAAAUAUUCUUGCACAAGGCCUUUUUUAGGCUUGAAUGGUUAAUAUACCUGUAGAAUACUGUGAAAUCAUUAAUAUUCAUGGAGGACUAAUUUUCGUGGAUUUCGUGGUUGAAUCAAUCCACGAAAUUUAAUCCCAACGAACAAGUAAAAUUCCCAUUCAUUUUAUGUUCAAAAGUUGAAAUCCACGAAUUCAUAUCCCCACGAAAUUGACAUCUUGACCAAAACCACGAAAUCUCAUGCCCACGAAAUUAAAUGAUUUUACAGUAUAGAUUUUAGUGUUGUAAGAAUGAUACAAAAGGGUUUACUUGCAUCUCAAUAUAUGCUUUGGUUUGUGUUUCACUUGUUUCUUUGUCAGCUUUUUGUGUGCAUUCAUCUACAGCUUAUGAAGAUAAAAAUGAGAGCAUGUGUGUUUGUGACAAUUUCUGCUUUUGGUUCACACUCGGCAUGAUUGCUGUUUAAGAAAUUAUUGAACCAGAUUCUUAAGUGCUUUGUUAUAUUGUCCAGCUAUUAUAUUUUAUGUUCUAGAUUUUUAGAGGUCUUUUGUUGUAUUUUUAGAGAAUGUUUUUUUUUUAUAUAUAUAUAUAUUAAAGGUUUUUGCAUAUAUUUUGAUAUAUAUUAAAGGUUUUCUAUAUAUUUUAGAAUUUUUCAAUAUAUUUUAAAGGUUUUUCUAUAUAUUCUAGAGGUCUUCUGUGUAUUUUAGAGGUCUUCUAUAUAUUUAGUGGUUUUCUGUAUAGUUUAACAUUUUGACAAAAAUAUGGUAAUACAUCUUAAAGACCUGCUCCAGUCCUUCCUUUUAACCUUAAAUUAUAACUGAAAAAGCAUGAAAAUCCUGACUAUGAACAGUGAUGCCUGUCAAAAUUGAUUCUUUUCCAUAUAAAAUUCUAUAUAAGAUACCCGUGGUUUUGCAUGCUAAAGUGUGGCGCGUUGCCAUUAACUGUUACCUAUUCUAAUCAUGGGUUGCAUACACACAAUAGAAUUUGAAUAGCCAUGGAGCAGGGCUUUAAGUUUCUGAAAAAGUGCCCUAUGAGUGUGAAGCUCUAUAGUUUUUACCCAACACAUUAUUCUACAUUCCUAUUUAUAUGAGCCGUGCCAUGAGAAAACCAACAUAGUGGCUUUGCGACCACCAUGGAUCCAGACCAGCCUGCGCAUCCGCGCAGUCUGGUCAGGCUCCAUGCUGUUCGCUUUUAAAGCCUAUUGGAAUUGGAGAAACUGUUAGCGAACAG